AUGGGAUCGGUGAGUGGUGGCGGUGGUGUGGGAGCAAGCUCAGGCGGUGGAGGAGAUUGGGGUUUUCUUGGUGUAGUUGGACUAGCAGAGGAAGAAGGCAGCAAACCCGAAGAGGCGGGCAGGGACUCUGAGGUGGCGCAAGGCUCGAAACCUGGUGAUGGGACUUUAGGCACCCAAACGUCCAAUGAGCCAACGCCGGCGGCGAAUAAGAAGAAGCGGGAGGGGGCCAGGGCCACCGAGGCCAAGCAGCUUGCCGCGGCCGUGCCACCUCUGGCGCAGAAGGAUGGGGUCGGCUCGCGUGCUCCCACAGAUGGGUCAUCCUCCCGAGGCUCGGAGGCCCAUCCUCGGGAGGAGGCGAUCUCUGCGGCCAGGCCGGCUCCGGAGGCGCCCGCCCUCGGCUCUCCUGCUGAGGUUCUGAAGUCCUCGGAGCCCCCGGCCCUUUCUGCUGCUGCUACUUCACCGAUCAUGGCACUGGCACCGUUUCCUCCCUCGUCCAUCACGCCACCGAACCGCGGCCCCUCUGCCGCACCUGAUGCUCUGGAGGAGGCUCUUUCCGCGUUGAACCAGCUUCGUGACGACCUUCAUGGCGCCGACCGGCGCCUGGCGUCGGGGCGCCUGGAGCUGAUCUCAGGAUGGCUCCGGGCUGACACGUCCGGCAGGGCGGCCUGGCGCCAGGCUGUGGCGGCCUCAGAGGAGAGCGGACAGGCUGCCAGCCUGGCCACGGCUGCUCGCGACAUGGCGAUGAAGGAUGCCGAGGCUGCCGAGGAGCGCUGCCGAGUGGCGGAGGCCGAGCUGAAGACCCUCCGCGACAGGCAGGCCGCCGAGGCUCGUCGGCGCGAGGCACGGGAGGAGGAGUUGAAGGCCCUAGAAGCUGCAGUCGCCGACCGUGACACCAAGCUAGAGCAAGCGGCACAGAAGCAGGCUGCAGAGCGCGGCCGCCUAGAGAAGUUGAAGGAGGAGGUGGAGGUGGAGAAGGCCCAGCUGGAGGCCAAGGCCAAAUUUCUCGCCGAGGGGCGUGCCGCCUUCGACUCCCUUGAGCAGAGGUCCUGCAAGGCACGACGAGAUCUCUACGGGAGGGGUUGA